GUGAGCGCACGUCACUCAACGUUGUAUAUUACGAUCAGUGUGGUGUCGAACUGGAUUUUGUGUGUGAAAACCUUAUGAAUGGACUUUAAUUAUUGGUUUUACGUAAUAAGUGUUUCGCGUGAAGAAGACAAUUUUUGACGUUAGCAAUCAAACCGUCAGAACCAUCAACAAUUUUGAAGGAGACUCGAUUGAUGUUGCAGGAGAAGCUAUAACAGAAGCCCAUGCCACCAACACACACAAAGUUAUAACAUUUACCCGUCGCCUACACUUAGGUCUUUGGUGUGGUAUACAUGAGAUGUUAUGGGCUCACGCGGCGUAGCAAAGUGGCGGUGGUUGGUGGUAGUUCUGGCGUGGACAUGGAGCGCCUCAGCGCGUACUCUGUGCCCUCCGAGAUGCGUGUGCGACGAUGCCAUGAGAGCGGCGACUUGUGCCAAUGCCGCUCUCGAGAUCGUCCCGAUCCAACUCAACCCAGAAGCGACACACAUAAACCUCACUCACAACGCCAUCGACAAUCUUCUAUACGCCUUCACGUUUUACACUCAACUAGCGAUCCUAGACAUUUCUUACAACAAAGUACAAGAUCUAGGUAGUAAGAAUUUUGAAAAUAAUAUGGAGAUGACCACUUUGAAUAUCAGUCAUAAUGCUCUGAAGAAACUAGACCAAGAUACCUUCGUAGGCCUAACGAGACUCAUCGAUCUAGAUCUGUCCAGCAACCAAAUCACAGACAUCCAUAUGCACACCUUCAAAGAUCUUACAUUACUAGAAAGACUGGAUUUAUCUCAUAAUAAAUUAGUAAGUUUCGAUUCAGGUACCUUCGAACCACUUUCGUCACUUAAAGUGCUCUCACUUAAAAAUAAUUCAAUCUUAGAUAUUCCCACUGCCAACAUCAUGUAUCUUAUACAUUUAGAGUAUCUAGAUUUAUCAGAUAAUUUAGUGCAGAAAAUAGAGAAACACGGAAUACCUCAUUUACGAGAGAUGAAACAUUUGGAUAUGAACAACAACCUGAUCGACACCAUUAAUCAUUUGGGUGUUUACAAUUUGCCAUCCCUGAGACAUUUAGAUUUUAGUGAUAACAAUUUGACUUCCAUACCUACCUCGGCCCUUUCCAAAUUGUCAAACUUGUCCCAUUUAUAUCUCAGCGGAAAUUUCUUUCAAAACAUUUCGUCCCUAUCUUUCCAGAGUCUGUUUCAUCUGAAACAUUUGCAUAUAAGUAGACUUUAUGAAUUAGAUAGAAUAGAUUCGAGAGCGUUCGUCGAUAAUAUUAAUUUACAAAAGAUAUGGAUGAACGAAAACGUGAAGGUUAGGGAAGUGCCGCCGAGAUUGUUUCAUGGAAAUCCGAAGUUGACUCACAUUUAUAUGAAGAACAACGCCUUAGAAACUUUAGAGGCGGCACAUUUUCCGAUCGAUACUCUUCAGGAGCUGGAGAUUUCUGGAAACCCUUUUGUUUGCAAUUGCUCCCUACUCUGGCUGUGGAAACUGGGAAGAGAUUGCGAAGUGAGUGCUAGGAAAUCAGACAAUUCCAGCACGGUACUCAAAAUCGAUUAUGAAAUUGUAAAGUGCGUGGCGCCCGCCAAUUUAAAUGGCGUAUUGUUCGUACAAAUUCCCGAGUCCGAGUUCGGAUGUUCUAGUGGAUGGGUAGUGGUAGCCGUCGUGGUGCUAACUGUGAGUAUCGUUAUAAGUGUAGUCGGUGGUGUGCUGUACUUCUUAGGGCCUUUGAAGAAAUGCAAGGGUGAUAAGUCGAAGCAAGUAAUGACUAGUGUUAUGCUCAAUGGAGACGUGUCCAAGUUAGGGAACGGUUUAGGUUACACCUCCCGGAGGGAACAGGAGAACAAAAGAGACGUAGACAGGUACCUGAUGAUAGGUUCGUCCGUUACUAACACCUUCCACUCGUUGAACCCCUCUUGGCAUAGUGUCGAUAAGAAUCCCUAUUACCAGGAGGAUAGUGAGGAACAUAUUUAUCAACAGUUCGCUUACGAAACAAUACCUCAUCACAGGACCCCAGAGAAACCACACAUAGUGUACGUUUAACGAAAGUUUUCCAUUCUGAACUUUAUGUGUAAAGAAACAAUGUAUAAAUUUCGUCGACAGUGAAAGACAUUAUUGAAUCGACGAAACGCUCCAAACUUUGCAAUAAUGUAUAUAGUGACAUAUAAGAUUGUAAUAUGUGAUAGAAUUGUACAUAGACUUGUAAAUAUAUUUCGUAUUUGAUAUUAGGCUCUAUUUGAUUUUGUACUUAACUUAUUUAGUGUUAUAUUUAUCGAUAUAAUUUUAUAACUGUAUCUAUAUAAACGUUAAAUUUUAAGUUGUUAUUGUUAGCUUUAUGAAGUAAGCCGUUGUGUUGAUUUGUUUCAUUUUCAAUAAUAAUAUAGAGAUACAUAUAAAAAGUAUAAUAAAAUCGAUUAAUACGACAAUGUAACGGUAGUGAUUAUAAAUAUAUUUUCUGAAUAACACCAAACAUGAAAACUUUGUACAAAAAUGAGCAAUAUAGAAUAUUAAUUUGGAAUAGUAUAAAUACUGUAAUUUUUACUAAAACAUUGUUAUAGCAUAAAUAUAAAAGUAAUCAAAUUAUCUAGAUACAGCUUAGAACAGGAUAGAUUCAGUCUCAGGCCAAAAAAGUGCAGACGGAGUUCUGUUAAUCACAAACUGAUGCCACACAUAAGAAGGGUCACAAUGGCGCAUGCUGUACCCUCGAUAUUUAUCGUCAUAUUUCGAUAGUAAAUCAGUUUUACGAUAUUUGAGAUAUAUAUUGCAAAAUAAAUAUUACGAUACAUAUUAAGCGUAUAGCUUCUAGUAAUAAUUUCUCCAGUAACGAAACUACGCCUUACUUAUUUGGUGUAUUUUAAGUAGUGAAUAAAUGGCCUCACUUUUUGCUUGACAAGUCUCCGUCUUCACUUUUUAUCCUGAGGAUUCAAUACGGAUUAGCUGAAGAGUUUGUAGCUGUUAAAUAAUUUAUUGUAAAAUAAAAUCAUAUUACUGUUUAUUUCAAAAUAUACAAUAGGUAGUUCAUUUAACAUUGUGCACAAAUGUUCUUAGCUAAUCCUAGAUUAUAAACCAGCUGCUCUGAUGGGAAGGGGUACAAAAUGAAAUAGUGCAUUUAUUGGCUUUACUUUUAUGGGUUUCUUUGUUUAUUUGUGAAAAUAAAUUGAUAUUUUUAUACUAAAUAAUAUAAGGCUGGUCCAAAUUAUCCGGUGUUCAUAUUUUUAUCGUUUUUUUUUUACGAUUUUUGUAGGGUUGUGAUUUUUUGACCCUUGAUGAUAAUUUGGACCAUACCAAUAUAGCUGCGUAUACCCUUGCAAUACUAUUUCAUAUUAUUCUAUUUAACUUGUAUACGUUCAAGUUACGCCUACUUUGUAAUCGAGUUUUAUGCCUAUUCCGCGAAUAUUACAGUAUCUAGUAUAAGACUAUUUAUACUUACUACUUUUAAACUUUUGUUAUGAGACUUAAUAACUUGCAUUGAAACAAACGACAAAUAAACAAUUAAAUAUGA